AUGUGUACUACAAUUCAAGGAGAAACACAGGGUCAGAAACAUAAAAAUUUCAAUAAAUUAGUAUUGAAAGCUGUAGGAAACAAAAAAGUCUUUAACUAUACUAUUGAUUAUGAAGAUACAGACAUAGAGAACCUGUUAAAAGUAGAUGUUGCAUGUCAUACUAGAAAUGUAGACUUUGUUCUUGAAGUAUUUAAAUGUGAAGAUAUAUUAUUUGUAUCUAGGGCUAUCAGACAUGGCACUUGGCUAGUUGAACCGGAGUAUGCACAUGUAAUAAACCCCCAAUAUUUAUAUUCACAACUCUUUCCAUAUAUUAUGUCUGAAGCACGGAACAAACUCCUUCUCCUAAUUCGAUUGAAUUUAAGAGAUCCAAAACGUAUUGAAUAUUUUUUCAAUUAUUUAGAAAAAACUGAUACUAAUGCAGCAAUGAAAUGGUUUCCAAAAUGCUCUAUUCAGUUUAUACUAUCUAGAUUACACAAUAAUAUUCAUAUACUACCAGAACACAUACUAUUUCGACUAUUUUUUCAUAGUUUUGAGGCGUUUAAAAUUUAUUGUGAUGUAUUUUGUAAAAAAUCACUUAAGGUACACAAAGCUCUAUUUCUUAUUAAAUCAAAUGGGGAGGAAUUUUUUGAUAUCUUAGAUCAACUUGGUACUGAACACAUACCAAUAUUCAAUAAAAAGUUUACUAAGUUAGCUAUGAAAGUAUGCCCUCAUAGACUUAUGUUUAAUUUUCAUCAUUAUCAAAAUCACAUUGAUAUUCAAUGCUUUAUUAAAUACAUAAAACUGGAAAGAUUUGAAGAAUUUCAGUCAAAAUAUAGUAACAAUGAGAAACUAAUAAGUUAUUUCCUAAAAGGUAGACAGAAUGUACAAAACUUGUGUGAAGGUAAAUAUAUUUUAGAUGCAUUGGGUUCUUGUGAUCCCAAUAACAAAGUCGAGGUUACAAAUCUUCUUAUAAUAUUUAAAAAAAACUUUUCUCAGUUUAGUAAAGAUCUGAUAUUCAAAUUUAUUAACAAGUUUUUAAGCAAAUGUAAUGUUUACCAAUUUAAUAGAGUUACAUGGAAUAUGUACAUUGAUGUUUUCAAGGAAAUUAUGAACAUUAAGCAAUAUUCAGAAAAAAAUAAAACUAACCAAUCCAUUAUGCAAUCUACAGUUUUCUAUGAAAUCAUUCACAAUGAAAUAAUAUCGGAAGAUAUCAUGAUGAAAUUUCAAUUUGAUAAUUCAUUAAGGGUUGCUCGAAAGAAAUUAAGUAACAAAGAAAUUCAAAUUGUCUUUAACUUUUUGUUAACUUUUGCUUUAUUGCAAAUCAAAAAAACAACUCAACAAAACAAAGUUAUUUGGAUUGAAAAUAUGUUUGUAUUAUUUAAAGUUUGGAAUAGGAGUAUGCAAGAAUAUCCAUUAUUUAACAUUGAGGUAGUAAAGGUACUACAAGAAUUACAAAAUAGAUCUGAUUAUGAAAAGCUUAAAUACUUAUACUAUAAAAACAGAUUUUGGAGAAGAUAUUUGCUAAAUGAAAACAUUGUUAUAGAACCUAAUUCGAGUAAUACAUUUAUAAAUAUGUUAAAACAUAAUCCUAGAUUACUAGUACCAUUUCAAAAGAAAAAUGUAAUUAACUCAGAAAAAAAACUAGCUGCAGUGUUUUACAGAAAGUUGCGUACAUAUUGGUCAGAUUCAUUAGGGCAACAAUUCAAAGACUUUUUUUACACUAUGCUACACCAAUCACCUUCAGUGGGUCUGUACAUUCUUCUGUCUAGGAUAGAAUUACAUCAUUUAAUACAACACAAUGCACCUACAAAUAAACAUAAUGAAAAUGUUAAUGGAAUCACAGUUCAAAUACAUAUUGCUCGAUAUAUGCACAAAGUAUAUCCUAAGUUACCUAUAAAAAUGACCCUAAUGUAUUACAAAGGCAUCCCUAUGAUACAUGCCUUCUCGUCAAUAAACUCAAUACUACACGGAAUGUCAACGUGCCAAAUGGAAGAGACAAUAGAAUGUUUUGACACUUGGCCGGAGCAAGUUCAAAAAUUAUGUAUUUGGGUAAUAUUUUCACAACCACAUUAUGAUAAACGGAAGAUUCUUCUCACAAUUUGGCAGAAAACAAAUUACAGCUCAAUACGAGCUGAAAUAUUUAAGAAAUCAAUGAGGUCUCUAUGUAUUUACAAGGAUAUUGAGCUUAAUGUAAAAUAUAAUUAUAUUGUAAUGAUAAGCGAAGAAUGGCAAUUUUUGCAGUUUCUGAUGGAUAAUUUACGAAAAGAUGAAUCAUUGAUAGUUGAUAAAUUUCCAUCCUAUUUCCAAAGGUUGCCACGAAUGAAAGCCUCAGAUUUUUGCUUGAAAUCCUAUCAAAUAACGAAGAACUUUACUUCUCAAUGCAAAAUAUUUCCAAGAAAACCUUUAAUGCAUUAUUUUGGAGGAGGAUUACACUUAGUUGACAUUGACCUUUUAGCUGCUAUGGUGAAUGAUAUUAUAACUAGAAGAUUGUGGACAACAAAAAUGAACAAUCAUCAUCUAGAUGUAGUCACAUCAUGCCUUUACACAUGGAAAGAUGAUGCAGAACAGAUGGUAUCCUUUCGAAAGAUAAUUGCCCCUUUAUUCGAGAAAGCUUAUGAAAAAUGGGAUACGAAAAUUGUGAAUUGUAAAUUAGCACAAUUAAAUAUUAAUAACAUUGUCACUCUUCUGAAUAAACAAUAUCAAAGUUAUUUAGACUCCAAGAGCAAUUUCUCACCAAGUGUACUUACAGUGCUACUAGAGAGCCUUGAAAAUAAUUUAUCAGUAAAAGAAAAUUAUAUGAUCAUAAGAAGUUUGAAGUUGGCUGUUGAAUAUUUUAAGAUUUUAUCCAAGGCAAAUGCAAUUGUAAAAUUUGACGAAAAUACAAAUAUAUUUGAUCAAACGUCUUUGUCAUUUGCUGAAAUGUGUAUAAACAUAUUCUGUGAUGAUGUUGCGAUUUAUGGUAACAGCAUUUGGAGAUUAUUUUAUCAUGCUUUACAAGAUAUGCUUGACAGAUUUGAUGUAAAAAAACAUACACAAUAUAAGAUAUAUAACUUAAUGUUAGAUUUGAGUUCGGAGUUAACUCCAGAACUAAAUUACCAAGUCCAUGUUUUAAUUUUUGAACUAACUUUAUACAAAGCGGACAACUUUAUGCAUAAUCUUUUUGGUUAUGACUCCGAUGAUUCUGAAAAUGAUGAUGAAGGUCAAGAAAACUUACUCACUAGAAUUAAAACUCAUCAUUCCAACAAAGUAAAAGCUUAUCAUUCCAAGUGUGUUUUAAGCAAUCUGUAUGAUCUGCAUUAUGACAAAUUUAAAUAUGUAUAA